AUGGGGCAUUAUACCUUCAAAAUGACUCGGCCACAGGGCGGCUGCACUGACCCCUCUACUCCCCACCCUGGCUUUUUCCAGGACAAGCUCAGUGGGAGCAAGCCCCGGCUGGGGCCACCGCUCCCACCCCCCAGAUGUGUGGACUCCCCAGGUUGGAGAGAAGAUGCUCCCAGCCCUUCCCUUCUGCCUGCCCCAGGGACUUGGAGACACAAGGCCCAGGAGGAGGACGAGGAGGAAAAUAAGUAUGAGCUGCCCCCCUGUGAGGCUCUGCCCCUCAGUCUAGCCCCUGCCCAUCUUCCUGGCACUGAGGAGGACUCCUUGUACCUGGAUCACUCUGGCCCCCCGGGUCCAUCAAAGCCAUCACCACCCCUGCCUCAGCCCACCAUGCUGAAGGGAGCAGUGAGCCUGCCGGUGGCCGGGAAGCAGGGACCUAUCUUCGGGAGGCGAGAGCAGGGUGCAUCGUCCAGAGUGGUGCCAGGCCCUCCAGAGAAACCUGAUGAGAACCUCUACUUGGAAUGUGAGCCCGAUCCAGUCCUGGCUUUGACUCAGACUCUCAGCUUCCAAGUCCUUAUGCCCUCAGGCUCUCUGCCCAGGACAUCAAUGGUGCCCAGGCUUACCACAGCGCCCCAGGAAACUCGGAAUGGAGCAGCAGAUGCCACCUCUAAAGCAGGAAGGAAAUCGUCUCUUCCCUCUGUAGCCCCCACUGGGAGCGCCUCAGCUGCUGAGGACGGUGAUCUGCUGGCUCAGCCUUGGUACUCGGGGAACUGUGACCGCCAUGCUGUUGAGAGUGCCCUGCUCCACUUACAAAAGGAUGGGGCCUAUACCGUGCGCCCCAGCUCGGGACCUCAUGGCUCCCAGCCCUUCACCCUGGCAGUGCUUCUCCGAGGCCGGGUCUUCAACAUUCCCAUCCGGCGGCUGGAUGGCGGACGCCACUAUGCCCUGGGCCGGAAGGGCAGGAACCAUGAGGAGCUCUUCUCCUCCAUGGCCGCCAUGGUCCAGCACUUCACGAGGCACCCUCUGCCCCUUGUGGACAGACACAGCGGCAGCCGGGAACUCACCUGCCUGCUCUUCCCCACCAAGCCUUGAGGCCACAGCAAAGUACACACCGCCUUUGGCCCCAGUUUGCUUCUUGCCCCGCCCCACCUUGGGCUGUCUUCCUCUCUCCUUCCCCACCCCUCCUCGCCCUAGCCUUUCCCAGUGCCUGCAAGCAGCAUUAAUGGGGAAAGGCUGCCUGGAGGCCCAGGGAAGGGUCCUGGAGACCCCACCCCAUGCUCACCUAGAGCCUCCCAUUGCCCUCUCUGUUGCCUCUCCAAGGCUGACACCCUCUUCCUGGCCUCCAGGAAUGCAGGUGUCCACCCAGUUCACUAGGUCCUGGAUGAAGGAACUGCGGUGGCCUAGACCAGUCAGGGGACAGCACAGGCACUGC